AUGGGUCGCGUUCGCACCAAGACCGUCAAGCGCGCUGCUCGCGUGAUCAUCGAGAAGUACUACACUCGUCUCACCAUGGACUUUGACACCAACAAGCGCCUGGUUGAGGAGUACGCCAUCGUGCCCAGCAAGCGCCUGCGCAACAAGAUCGCUGGUUUCAUCACCCACUUGAUGAAGCGCAUCCAGAAGGGUCCCGUCCGCGGCAUCUCCAUUCGCCUGCAAGAGGAGGAGCGCGAGCGCCGCGACAACUACGUGCCCGAGGUCUCGGCCCUCGAGCCCGGAGAGGAUGGCAUCGUCGUCGACAAGGAGACGGCCGAGAUGCUCAAGGCCCUCAUGCCCUCUCUCGACGUCAACGUCCAGGCCCCUGGCUCCAACAACCGUCGCCGAUAA